AAAAAAUGUGAAAAAAUAGCCAUCGGUCGUGAGUCGCAAUGUCUCUUCCGCGUGAAAAUGUUGAUUCUUUGGUAGACUCGUGCAUACAGUUUUUAUGCACCGGAGAGAACUUCAAAUGUUUAAUGGACUCGGACUUAAAACAUCCUUUGCGAUCUCUUAUUUUAUCGCCACUCUUAGCCCACAAACUCUUCGUGAAUUGUAAAAAGAGCGACCAUGUUGACGAAAUUCUGCAUCUUUUUAGUAGGAGUCCUCAGACACCUCUAAAUGGUUUUAUCGAUCUAUCAUGCUCGGCCGUGAGCAGCAUUGAGCCGUUAAGAAGCCAUCAAGCCUGUUUUGUGAAUUGCGAGUAUGCGACAAAUCUUAAAAUAGACCAAGUUCUAGAAACUUUUCGUAACUCGCGAAGCUACCUAGUUUACCUCAAUGUAGAUAGCUUACGCGUUGAUAAUCCCUACUUGAAAGGCGAAGAAGAUAUACAAACAACUCAGAUGGAAGUUGACAAUAAUCAACACCCUACUUUUGACGUUGAUUGUUGGCUGGGUCGUUUCAACAAUCUUGAAACACUUGUUGUUGCGAAUACUAACUUGUCCUAUGACUAUUUGUCUCGAGAAGUGUUUCCAUAUCUCAACCAUUUAACGCAUUUGGACUUGGGAAACUUAGUUGUUACCGACGACCUGAAUGUCCUAAAAUCGAUGCAUAAAACUUUAAGGUCACUUUCACUUUACAAUUUGGAACCAAGUACUGGGCAACUUGCGGAACGAAGGUUUUCAACUAUAUUCCAGCUGAAAAAACUCCAGACCUUGGAUAUAUCGUAUAGCAAAGACGACGGAAUGGCUCACAGCUUUGGAAUCGAUAAUUUGUUACUAAAAAUUGUGGGAAGUUUGCCCGAUCUACUGAGUCUGGAUAUUUCUGGAACACUUCUGGGAGAUGAGUCAACUGAUCGAGAGAGAUUACAACCGUACUUGAACCAGCGACCACAAACUGUUGAUAGCGUAAUUCCUGCGUUGCAGAUUCUUCAAUCACCUCUGGAGUUCCUAGGACUAGUCAGCUCAACCAUGGCCGGAAGAUCUCCACUGCCUGCGAAAGUUGUAACUGGAACUGCAAAUGAAAAACAACUUCUUGAAAACUUUAGUCGCUACAGACGAAGAAAACCUUUCAUACUUGAAACAUUUCACUCAGUGUACCAAUUACUUCGCGACAAAGUCAUCAAAAAGCCGGUGGACUUCAUGCUGCAUGUAAUUGACUGCAUGGAUCUGUACCUGGACGCGAUAGAAAUCCAGGUUUCAGGAAGCGCAUCUCUCUUCCACAUAAGUUCGGAUGACUGUUACAAAACUCAGCUCAACUUGUUUCACAAACGAGCAAUAAUAAAGCAAUGUCUGGUGUCGAUGAAGAAACAUCAAGGUCAUGAAGGAAUGCAACGAAACGGAUGUUUAGUGAUGUUCAACUUCGAAAUACCCGACAACUUUGAGUUCGUAUAUGACGAUUUAGUGCUGCAGACGCUUUACACGAUUGAAAACAUGAACACGACAGUGUCGAGAAUUGCCAUUCAUCUGCUGAAUGCGAUGAUGGGUCAUGCGGAUAGACAGUACAAAGUGAGGGCACCCAGACUCAACGUCAUACAGGUGCUGGUGAAUGCAAUAUCAAAACGAGUGAACGAAGCGAGACACGAUGAGUUAAUUGACCACGCGUGGAGCAGUUUGUGGAACCUGACAGACGAAACAGAAGUGAACUGUAGUCGCUUCAUUGAACUAGGCGGCGUCUUCAUGUUUCUACAGUGCCACAGUCUCUUCAAAGAUCACCAGGAUAUGAUUCGGAACAUGCUGGGUUGUCUGGGCAAUGUGGCAGAGGUCAAAACACUCCGGCAGAGUUUGCUGACGUCAGAGUGUCUGGACGUGUUUUCAGAGCUUCUUCGACCAGUGGCGUCGAUGGAUCAGAGUACUGACCCAUUGAGUCACGCGGACCUGGAGAUCAGCUACAAUGCAUGUGGCAUAUUAGCCCAUAUCCUCUCAGACGGGGAGGCAAUUUGGACUGUCGAGUCUCCUAGUCGGGCCCAAAUCAAACAAAACAUGCACUCGGCCAUAAUGACGUGGAACUUCAGGGGCGAGAGGAAUAUAAACUACAGGUCAUUUCUGCCGAUUCUGAGACUACUGGAUCCUACAAAGUCGGUUGCGUUGGAAACUGAGUCACAGUUUUGGGCGGUGUGGGCGUUAUUCAACUUGUGCACAGUUUAUCCUGACAAGUACGUGGGCAUGCUAUUGGGAGAAGGGGGUGAAGAAAUACUCCACAAGGUGUACAAGGACGCAACUGCAGGGUCCGAUCUACACGAACAUUGCAGAUUGCUCCUCCAGAUCAUAAACAAGACCGAAAAAACUGAAGAAAGUAAAGAAAGAGAAGAAAGUAAAGAAAGAGAAGAAAGUAGUUAGAUGCGAAUAAAUUAGAAUAAACAAUUAUAUUUCUAAAUUUGAAUGCCUAGAUAAUAAUGCUCACUCAUCCUAAGUUUGUACAGUUCAAUUGAAAUUAUUACAGUUGACUGAUUUACUUUGAAUUGUAGUUCAACGGUUCGGUAUGAUUCUAUCCUGAAGAAUGUCAUCUUGUCUUGAUUUCAAUAUUUGAAAAGGGAAGCAUUUAGUUUUAAUUUAUCCGCAGUUUUAUAGAAUGUCCCUGGCCGCUUUUUGACGACUUAGCUGCGAUGAUUAGUGAAUUAUACCGAGACAGAUCGUGUAAUCACAAGCAAAUCUUGUCAUAAGUUGAACCAUAUAACUAUUUUUCCCCCUAUAUAAUUGGCGCAUUUUUUUUGCAUUAUAUAUUAGCCGAGUGGAGUGCUGUCAACUAUUAGGCACGCUGUAUUUCGUUUUUGUCAAAAAGAAGACAAAUACUAACCACUCAAACAAAUAUUAAACAAUCAAAAUCGAGGUAAGAAAAACAAACGUAUACAA